CAAAGGCGUCCAGGGAUUUAUCCAGAAAGAUCAGUCUGGGGACUUGGAAGUAGAGGGACUCAGCGGGUGGCUUGAGGCAUCGGAUGUUGGUGCAGGGAGAAAGAGAUGAGCAGCAACAAGUGUGAGUGAGCACCGUGCACGUGAUCAGGGGAGUGCAGGACGAAGCCGAGUCUUCAGCAGUAUGUGUGUGACCAGAUCAGACGUAAGACUUGCUGUAGGAAGGGGACCAAUUUUAAUGAGUCAUCUGGGACUGGAAGAGGACAAUGGAGUUGGACAAGAAACACUGCUAUUAAUUUCUCUUUGGACUUAUGCAUGAGGGUAACCCGCACAUCCUGCUGAACCAUGGCUGGCAAGCAACGGAGGCAGUGGAGGUCCACGGGCAAAGGCCUGGUUCUAGGAACCCUCCUGACCAGCUGCACAAUCCUGAUUUACUGCCUCUCCUCUGCUCAGAUCCCUUCCAGCCAUCCGGAGGUUCCAGUGCCUUACUCUUGUGCCCACCGUCCGUCCCAGCUCCGUCCCAAACGAAUCACCAACCGCUCACAGCAAACCACUGAGCCGACCUGCACUCCUAGGGUGGACAUCAUGUUCAUGAAAACCCACAAAACAGCCAGCAGCACCUUCCUCAACAUCCUUUUCCGCUUUGGGGAGAAGCAUCGACUCAAAUUUGCCUUCCCUGACAGCAGAAACGACUUCUUCUAUCCGUCGCUGUUCCAGCGCUCCCAGGUUAAAGACUACAGACCUGGAAUGUGCUUCAACAUUAUCUGUAAUCACAUGCGCUUCAAUGCACCCGAGGUGACCAAGUUGCUCCCCACGGACACUUCCUACAUCACCAUUUUGCGAGACCCCGCGGAGCUCUUUGAGUCAUCCUUCCACUACUUUGGCCGGCUGGCGCCUUUUACCUGGAAGAUACCAGGUCAUGACAAGCUGACUGAGUUUCUGCGCGACCCCCAUUACUACUUUGAUCCAGACGGCUUUAACGCUUUCUACCUCAAGAAUCUGCUGUUCUUUGACUUCGGACAGGCCAACACUCUGGAGCUGGAUGAUCCGCGGGUAGAAGAGGGAAUCCAAUCCAUCACAGACCGUUUCCAGCUGGUCAUGUUGGUGGAAUACUUUGAGGAAUCGCUCAUCCUGCUCAAGGAGGCCCUAUGUUGGGAGAUGGACGACUUGCUCUUCUUCAAGCUCAACGCCCGCAAGGGGUCCACUGUGUCUAAACUCACGCCCCAGCUGAGGGCCAAGGCUCUCCAGUGGAACGCUGUGGACUGGAAGCUGUACCAGCAUUUCAACCAGACUUUUUGGAAGAAAGUUGAUGCAUAUGGAGCGCGGCAGAUGGCCGAGGAUGUGGCCGAGCUCAGGAGAAAGAACGCAGAGAUGGCGUCCAUCUGCAUCGAGGGGGGUCGAGCUGUAGAGGCCGGAAGCAUCCAGGAGACGGCCAUGCAGCCAUGGCAACCCAUCGGAGAGAAGUCCAUCAUGGGCUACAACCUGAAGAAGAACGUGGACAAGGCACACAGGAAGUUGUGCCGAAAGAUGCUGAUGCCGGAGCUGCAGUACUUGACGGAGCUCGGAGUCAACCUGUGGAUCACCAAGCUGUGGGGCCACGUUCGAGACGUCAUCAACUGGUGACGAGACGCGUGAGCAAGAGGUUCAACUCGGACAGACUCUAUUCAAAGAAGAAGAAUCUGACUGUGUGGCUGAUAAAUGAAAAUUCGUACAAAUAUGUCCCUUUUCAAUCUUAUGACCCGUCCAUUUUUGGAGGAAAUUCAUACACAACGGCUUAAUUGCAUCUCGUUUGUUUGUGUGCUAUAAUGUCUUUGAAAAUAAAUACUGUAGACCUCCCAAUCUACAAAUACUGAACCAGUUUACUACACACACAUAAGGCUAAAUAUUUUACCCUAUAUUCUUUCUCUGACCUAAUGCAGCAAAUGAGUACGUAAUAUAUAUAUAUGAUAUAUAGAAUUAAGACAAAAAUGCUGCCUUCCCUGCCAAAUUGUUUAAGAUUGUUUGAAGACUCAAAAGAAGUUCUGUUUGAAGAGGCUGAAAUAGAGAUGGGAAAAAUGUGAAUUUAAGAAAUAUAUCCCACUUUACUGUCUGUGGAGGACAAAAUCAGCCAUAAUUUAAAUAAUAGGGUUGCAAACACGGACCUUCAUAUGGCUGCCUUUAAUACUUUUCAUAAGAGGGAAAGCACGUCCGGGUUCAACUAAUGACACUAAUGAUCGCUUCGUUUCCGGAGCUACUACAUCCAACAAAGCAAUAGUUGUUAUUCUUAUUAUUACUGUACACCUGUGCUUUUUCAGCAGCUACAUUCUGAAAGCUCUGUCUGUAAUGGGCAAUAAUAUGUUACUUUUGUUUAAUGCCAUAUUACUAACUGCGCAAUGACUUUUGUGCUAUAUGAAAUAACAUUUAUGCUUCUUUGGCCAAUUAUCCUGAUACCACUUCAUAAACCUCCUUUUGGCGUUCGCCCUCGCCAUGGAUUUGGCAAUGACGAUGUGGUGAAAAAUUGUUGCAUAGUGAAUCACAAAAUGUUCAGCCAAAUAAGGUAAAUCAUGUCUAGAUCACUAUGACUAACAGUGUUAAACACCAACAGCAUGUGGUUGCACAGCCUUGUGACCAUAGCGUACUGAAAAGAAUACAAAUGAAAAACUUGUAUUUAUCCAUUGUAUUGAGAAGUAUAUAUUUCACAAUACUUUCACAAUAUAUUUCACUAAUAUAGUAUUGUGCAUUGUAUUACUAAUUACUUUUUGAUACAUGUCCAUACAUAUAUAUUUUUUCCUUUUUUAUUCAUCCAGGUUAUCUAUUUAUUGAUAGCUAUGGUUAUAUAUUAAUGUAUCUAUAAUUUACUGAUUUUGUCCUCCAUAUAUUUUUCUGAUUCUUUUCAUCCUCAAAAUAAAUUGAAAAUGACAUUUCAUAUAUGUUGAUGAUUGUGAUUCAUUAAACAGACAUUUGCUGUCAGUGGGUGACUGUUCCAUCCUUAUAUUACUCCAUGUAUAAAAAGUAGCAAUAUUUUUUUGUGGUUUAUUGUGCAUGAAUGUAUACGGCAUCCCGUUUAUAAAAACUGUACAACCAAAA